AAGUCUGCAGCCUGGACCCAUGCAUAAGGUCAAUUCUUCAGUGGUGUCAGAGUUUAUAUUGCUGGGACUCUCCAGUUCUCAGAAACUCCAGCUUUUCUUUUUUGUUUUCUUCUCUGUGUUGUAUGUGGUCAUUAUCCUGGGAAAUCUUCUUGUUAUCAUCGUAGUGAUUUCUGAUACCAGCCUGCACUCGUCCAUGUACUUUCUCCUGGGAAACCUUUCCUUUGUUGACAUCUGUCAGGCUUCUUUUGCUACCCCUAAGAUGAUUGCAGAUUUUCUGAAUGAGCCCAAGACCAUAUCCUUCAGUGGCUGCAUAGCCCAAAUUUUCUUCAUUCACCUUUUCACUGGAGGAGAGAUGAUGCUACUUGUCUCCAUGGCCUAUGACAGAUAUGUAGCCAUAUGCAAGCCCCUGCACUAUAUGAGGAUUAUGAGCCGAAGGACCUGCACUGUCUUGGUCAUAAUCUCCUGGGCUGUGGGCUUGGUGCACACAUUAAGCCAGUUAUCAUUUACUGUGAACCUGCCUUUUUGUGGACCUAAUGUAGUAGAUAGCUUUUUUUGUGACCUUCCUCGAGUGACCAAACUUGCCUGCCUGGACUCUUACAUCAUUGAAAUACUAAUUGUUGUCAAUAGUGGAAUUCUUUCCCUAAGCACUUUCUCUGUCUUGGUAAGCUCUUACAUCAUUAUUCUUGCCACAGUCUGGUUCAAAUCUUCAGCUGCAAUAUCCAAGGCAUUUUCUACACUGGCUGCCCAUAUCAUGGUAGUAAUAUUAUUCUUCGGACCUUGCAUCUUCAUCUAUGUGUGGCCCUUUACCACCUAUCCUGUGGAUAAAGUUCUUGCCAUAUUUUACACCAUUUUCACCCCCAUCCUAAAUCCCAUUAUUUAUACACUAAGGAACAGGGAUAUGAAGGCAGCCAUGAGGAAAAUUGUGACCUAUUAUCUGAGGUCAAAGAAAGUUUCUGACAUUUCACUAGUGGCAAGGAAUUCCCUUUAUUAAGAUAAAAUUCCUUCAAAUUUCUCAAAUCAAUACCCUGUCUAUAUUUUCAAUGUACUCUGGUGGUGUAUCUCAACU